AAAAAAAAAAAAAAAAAAAGAAGGAGGUCUCUUUUGUGUCCACAGCAAGGAACAAUUUUACAUCGUGUCUCAGUGCACACACAAAUACAUACCGGUCCCGAGUUCCUUAUCUGCCAUUCCAUAAUUUCCAGAUCCCUGCAAACCACAUAUUUUGGGGGUAGCUGACUUUGAGAGUAAUCCUGCUCUGUACUGAUUUGAGUUCUUUAUAGGCCUACCAUUAUUUUUUACAUUUAAUGUGAAUAUUUGCUUGUUUCACUGUUGAAACAUGCAUGGGUUUGAUUACAGGGAGCAGUCCAGCCUCUGCUGGGAAUGGUCAGGAAUAUACCAUAUGCACCCCAUGUCCUUUCUAAAAUAGUGAAAAUUCGGAAUGCCUAAACACAUCUGGAUUCCAGGAAUUUACCUUAAGGGAUAUGUAUUUGAAAUAACUCACAAAAGCAAUACUCACCCCUGCUAUGCUUGGUACGCUCUGAUAUUUUCAAAUUGAUUUUCUUUUUAACAUGCUGCUCUUGAACCAAUGAUUUCAUAACCCAAUGAUGUGUUGAAACUCACAUUUUGAAGACACAGGUAUAAAGUGUUUGACACCCAACAGGCAUGUGGCAGAUAGAAGUGAUCACUAGGAUGUUUCCUCUUCCUUCGCCUGGAAGGCUCACUUUGUGUUGGUGCUGAGCUGAAAGGGAUUCAUUCCUCCCCAAAGCACCGUGGCACUCCCCUGGUGUUUCAGUGUUCUCAGGCUGCCAUGGUAAAAUAUCACAGGCUGGAUGACUUCAACAUCUGGCUUUUCUUUUCUCACAGAUCCAGAGGCAAGAAGUCCAAGGUGAAAGUGCCAGCAGGGUUGGAGUCUGGGGAGGACUCUCUUGCUGGCUUGUGGAGGCUGCCUUUGUGCUGUGUGCUCACGUGGCCUUCUUGUGUCUCUUUCUCUUCUUAUAAUAGGACACUAGCCCUCUAAAAGAAUUAGAGCCCUACCUUUGUGAUCUCAUUCAGUCUUAAUUGCUUCCUUAAAGACCAGAUCUCCAAAUGUAGUGACCCGAGUUUAGGGCUUCAGCAUAUGAAUUUUGGGGGCACACAAUUCCCUUGAUAGCACUGAUGACUCCAUCAAACAUAUCCCACACCACAGCUGUCCAGGAAAAUUAACAUGUAACCACCUUUUAUGCAAUGGCUGUUAUGCACUCCCACACUUUCCUCCAACCUUAUCCUUUCUUCUUUCCAACUAGAGAGCAGCAUCUUUAUUGAGGAUGCCAUUAAAUAUUUCCAGGACAAAGUGAGCACACAGAGUCUGAUACUCCUGGUGACUAAUGAUGAAGCCUGGAAUGAAUUCGUGGCUACUGCUGAACUAACCAGGGAUGAGGCAGAUGAGUUCCGUAAAGCUCUGAACAAGCUUGCAGAACACGUGAUCAGGAAGGACAAAAACUGGCAAGAUAAAGACCAGCAGCACAGAAAGUGGUUUUUGAAAGAGUUUCCUCACUUGAAAAGGGACCUUCAGGAUCACAUAAUAAAGCUCUAUAUCCUUGCAGACGGGGGCGAGCAGGUCCACAGAGGCACCACCAUCACCAACGUGGUGUCCAGCACUGCCGGCGUUAUCUCUGACAUCCUGACCCUCCUCGGCCUGGGUCUGGCACCCCUCACAGAUGGAGUCAGCCUUGUGCUCUCAGAAACUGGGAUGGGGACAGGAAUAGUGGCCGCUGUGACCGGGAUUACCAGCAGUAUCGUGGAACAAGCAAAGAAGUUGUCAGUACAACGCCAAGCCGGAAACUUAGACCAAAGAGACCCUGAUGUAGCGAAAGUGAUGAAGGAAUUAAUGAGUGAGAACACACCCAACUUUCUUUCCUUAGCUGACAAUUCUUACCAAGUCAUACAAGGCAUUGGGAAGGACAUCCGUGCCAUCAGAGAAGCCAGAGCCAACUCUCAAUUGGUACCAUCUGCCAGACCCCUUGAGAUCAUUGGAAUCUCAGCUGAAAGCGAUGAAGAGGUGGAGAGAGUUACUGAAAUCCCCGCCCUGGAAAUGAGCAGAGGAAACAAGGCUCUGGGUGUGGCCACUGGAGGCAUCUUGCUUGUGCUGGAUGUGGUCAGCCUUGUAUACGAGUCAAAGCACUUGCAAGAGGGGGCAAAGUCAGAGUUAGCUGAGGAGCUGAAGAAGCGAGCUCAGGAGCUGGAGGGGAAGCUCAACAUUCUCACCAAGAUCCAGGAGAUUCUGCAGGCGGACCAAGAACUGUGACCCCAGAGCAGGGCAGCCACCAGGGGAAGUGUGCCUGGCACAGGCCAGGACAAAAUGCAAACUUUUUUUUUUUUUUUUUUUUGAGAUGGAGUCUCACUCUAUCGCCAGGCUGG